CCCCCCCUUUUCAUCUUCUCCUCCCACUCCAACUCCAACUAGAACAAAGAGAGAGAGAGAAAAAAAAUGGAAGAGGUAUGGAAAGACCUCUCUCUAACAAUCCUCCAAGAAUGGCCCACCACACAAGAUGGCCCAAAGAACGCAACCAUCAAAGCCGACAAUCUCCAUGACUUCCUAUCAGCGCCCUUCAAAGGGCCAUCCACAAAUCCCAUCGACGGCGACGAUAUCUCGGGCUUCUUGGGAUCAGGAACUGCAUCUGGGCCCACCUCCAAUUCAAUGGGUCUCCACCCACACGAGAAUUCCGUCCGUUCGAUCAGAUCGCCUUCGCAUCGACGCCGUGCUGAUCCCAACCAUACUUCCACUGCCCCUUCCAUCCUUUCUGGGUCCAUGGUGGGGCCCACUUCAAAGAAGCGGAUAUCCCUAUUCGCUGGUGAUUCGGUCGAUCGACGCCACAAGCGCUUGAUCAAGAACCGGGAAUCUGCGGCCAGAUCUAGGGCCAGGAGGCAGGCUUAUACAAAUGAGUUAGAGAUGGAAUUGUCCCAUUUGAUGGAAGAAAAUUCUAAGCUGAGAAAACAGCAACAACAGUUGUCUUCAGCAGCAUCCGUUCAAGUGCUUACCAAACACCCUCUAUACCGAACCUCAACGGCUCCAUUUUGAGAAGGAUUUUGGCAGCCCCCGUGUGGGGCCCACUGUUUCUGGUGGAUCCACACCAUUGAUCUGAAAGAAGCUACGAUGUAUGUGGCUAGGAUAGAUGACUCUAAUCAUUGUACCUGUGCCCUACAAAUUGGUAAGCGGAAUAGCCUAACAAAUAUCUGAAACAUCAGUCUUGGAUCUGACGGAUAGAAUCAUUUGGAUCUCCGGGAUAUAUGUUUUCAACGGUCUGGAUCAUCGAACCAUGAACCCCACUUCUAUGAAUGGAUACACCAGGAAACUGUUUGCGGUCUCAUGCAUCAGGAGCGUUCAUCAAAAAGUAAUUUUAGUCGCUUUGUCACGUGAUCUUCUAGACCGUUCAUCAAUAAGUUCGCAUCAUGGAUGGACCACAUGGCGAAAACUCUCACUUACAACGUAAGUAAGACAUAACAGCACUGAAUACAACUCACCUUCCUGUGGAGGGAGAGGAUAUCAUAUCAGUGAGGUUUUAGCUAGGUGGGCCAUAUACAGUGGGCCUUUAUAGAUGAAGGGUCCUGAUUAUCCGAGGCAAAAGAAGCCAACGAAAAGGGCCAGCCUUGUAAGCAAAGCUCUGUAAAUAUCUAUCUUGAGGGUGUAAUUAAAGGAGUAAGAAGAGUGCAGAAUGUUAGAUUAUGCGUGGACCAUUAGAUCUCUUGUAUAUGAAUACAUGAUAUAUAUGUGGAUGUGAUAUUCCUUGUGCAAUUAAUAUUAUUAUAAUGUUACCUAUUAUAAUUUCAA